AUGUUGCAAGAUAAUGUGAUUCAUAACUUCAAUUUAUCUUUUGGACCUAAAUAAUAAACAUCGAAUGCUAAAGUUUGUUAUAAAGAAACACCUGAAUCUAACAUUUCACUAUAAUCAGAAGAAUUGUUAUCUCCCUUUAGAGAAAACUCUCCUUAAAAUUGGUAAAGAAAGAAGAUUACAUACUAAAAUUCUUUCAAUACAUUAGAUAAAUAACAUAUUUUAUAAUUGCAAUAAACAUUAAGACCAAAAGCUCAAACUUCUUAAAUUGUUAAAUUUUUAAAAGUGACAAAAACUAUGGGAAUUGUGUAAAGAUUUAAGUCCAAUCUAUUCUUAAAUGCUUAUAUACUUCCAAAGAGAUUAUAGGAAUAAUUUUAAAAACAAGAAAAGUAUACAAACACUGUUGUUUAGAAUGAUUCAAAAAGUAUAAUCGUUUUUCAAUUUUAUAGAAAGAAACCUACAAAGUAAAUAAAUCCCUCUUAUUUCACCAUCAAGUCCAAUAUCAUAAAUCUUUGACAUGCUUAGCAUCAUUGUUCAAUUAAUUGCUUUAUGGAUUAUAUCCAUUAUGGCUGUAUUUACUAAUGUAGAUGAUAAUCAAGCUCAAAUUAUUCUAUUUAUAAUAGUUUUUCUUGUUUUUGAACUUAUUUUCUUACUCAAUAGAGCAAUCAUAAUUUAAGGUCUAAUAAUAGAAGAUCGAUCAAUUAUAUUUUAAAAUUUUGUUAAACAAUCAUCUUUUUUAUAUUCAUUAGAAAUCAUAAUAUGUGUUUACAUAUAAUUCAAUAAGAACUUUUUAUAAUAAUAAGGGGCUUUCUUAUUAGUUAUAUUGUUGGCUGUAAUAAUAGGAAGAAUAUUAUAAUAAUAUGAUAAUCUAAUAGAUACAUUAUAUUAAUUAUCAAUACCAAGUGAUUUAUUGGAUCUAAUUACUUUAAUUAUUUCAAUAUAUUAUUUUGCUCAUUUUAUAGCAUGUUGUUGGUUAUAUUGUGGAUUGCUUUAAGAAGAUAAUGGAUCUUGGAUAACUUAUUAUGAAUUAUCAAAUCAAAAUAUAUGGAUUAAAUAUAGUACAUCAUUUUAUUGGGCAACUAUGACAAUGGUUACUGUUGGAUAUGGUGAUAUAACACCAAAAAAUUAGACAGAAAUGAUUUUUUGUGAUAUUGCUAUGUUUUUAUCAAGUUGUGUUUUUGCAUAUUCUAUGAAUUCAAUUGGUAUUAUACUCAAAAAUAUUAAUGAUAAAAAGGUUAAUUAUAAGUAUAUUAUUAUUAUAAUAUAAUUAGAAAGAGAGCCAUCAUUCUUAAUUAGUAUAUGAAAAAGAAUGAUAUAUCGAAUCAUAUCUAAGACAAAGUUAGAAAUUAUUUAAAAUAUCAAAUUGAGAAUGAAUAUAAUGAAAUUUAAAAAGAUGCUAUCAAAAUAUUAAAAUAAUUACCAAAAGGAAUUGAAUAAGAAAUCUCUUAAAAUAUUAACAAUAGAAUAUUGUAGAAAAUUAAAGUGUUUGAUUAAUUUACUAAAUGGACUAAAUCAGAAUUAAUUGAUAAAAUUGAAUUAGCUAGUUAUACUCCUGGAGAAUAUAUUUAUCAUUAAGAUACUAAUCAAAAUAUUGAAAUGUAAUAAUUUAUAUAUUAUUUUAUUAAUAGAUAUUAUGUUUAUUAAGGUUCUGUAGAUAUUGUAGAAGAAUAAAGUUAAUAGAAUAUUUAAUAGUUGAAAUAAGGAGAAGUGUUUGGUGAGUUUCAAUUUUUUACUGGUUUCAAUCCUAAAACAUCAGCUAUAAGUAAUGGUUUUUCAAUUAUUGCUAAGAUUAAGAGAGAAACUUUUAUUAAGAUAUUAUAAGAUGUAAAAAAAGAUUAGGAAAAAUUUCAUUAAAUCAAAGAUAAAAUAUUAUUAUACAAUGAUUAUAGUGAUCUUAUGAUCAGUUGUAAAUUUUGUAAAAAGAUUUCACAUAUUUUUUAUCUAUGUCCUAUGUUAUCAUAUCAACCAGAUAUGGAAUCUAGAUUAAAGAAAGAAGAAUUGUAUCCCUAAUAAUAAGAUAGAUAACCAUUCAAAAGAGGAAUUCUUAGAAAAAAGAAUUCAUUGUUAUUGCAAAAAGAGACAUUUGAUAAUAUUAAGGAAUAUUAAGAAAUUAAUGGAAUAGAUUAAAUAGAAGAUAAUUUAUAAAGUGAAAUGUAAACUAAUUCACUUAAUGAAGAAUAAUUCUAUCCUAUUAAUGAAAAUUAAUAAAGUAUGAAAAAUAUAAAUUUGAUACCCAAAAAUUCAUAGAUGAUGACAAGAACUUCAAGAUUAUCAAUUAAUCAAAAUCAUUUUGGAUUUUGUAGGUAAUCUAUUGCUUAAACUUCAAAGGACAAAUAUAAUAUAAAAAUAAAUUAAAAUCAAUUAACUAUAUCUAAUCAUAAUAGUCCACCAAAAAAUAUCAAUGAAUCCAAAAGUAUAAUGAAAUGGAAUAUGUUAGAUAGUUUUAUUGACUAAUUAUAAUUUCAUUAUUUUGAUAUAGAUUCUAUUUAAGAAUAUGAAAUAUAUAUGAAACAUAAUAAUUUUAAAUAGGUGAUUAAAGAAUUAAAUUAAAAACCUAAAUAUAUUCGAAAGUUAUUAAAAUUAUAAAAAUAUACCUUUAAUUAUUAUGUGAAAGUGAUGGCUAUUAAAAUUAGAGAAUAUUUAGAUGAUGAUGAAAUAAUAGAAAAUGUAUUUAGUAAAUCUUUAAGAAAGAAUUAAUGA